AUGAGGCUUGGAACACUGAACGUUGGGGCUAUGGCUGGCAGAGGCCGGGCAGUAGGUGACCUCAUGAAAAAUAGAAAAGUUGAUAUUCUGCGUGUUCAGGAGACAGGUGAGACAGGGUGGUCUGGAAAUGAGGCAAAGGAAUGGGAUGAUGGUUAUAAGGCCCGGAUGGUGAGAGAGAUUGAUUCAGAGAUCACCGAUAUUGAGGAAUGGUGGAAUAGAGCAAAUGAAAUCAUACUAAAAGUCGGAAAGGAAGUGUUAGGGAAAAGCAGUGGAAAGAUCUGGGAGAACAAGGAAACGUGGAGGCUUAAUGAGGAAAUACAACAGAAAACGAAACGCAAGAAAGAAGCAAAGAAAAGGUGGGAAGAGACGCAGUUGGAAGCAGAUAGAAUAGCUUAUUAA